CGAGAUAGAAGAAAUUGGCAGUUGACAUUGUUAACAUUUGACAGAUCUUUAAAUACCCUUAAUUUAAAUUUGUUUUUAUUUAAAGUCGGUUGAACCUUUCAAAAUACGUUACGAGAUUUUAGUGAUUUAUUAUGUGAACAAAAAAUUUGUAUUUUUUAUAUAUAACCUAUUUAAGGUUAAUACCAUUUGACAAUAUAUCACUUGCCAAAAUUUUUGUGUCAUUCAUUCAUAAAGAUGAUUCUUUAAACAAAUACUAAACAUACAAUGAGUACUACUAAAGACAAAGAAGAUGAAGAUUCGUCGACAAAACAAAUAUUAGAAUAUUAUAGAAAGUACUCCCAAAGCCGAGAUUUACCAAAAUAUUUUUCUGGUUCAGUACAAUAUUUACCCAAAAUAGUAGAUGACGACGAUGAAGAAUCGUUAGAAACACGAACUAUAAACAAUAUAAAAGUUACUGAAUCUGAAAUAGAAAAUUGUGGACCAAAUAUUGAAUUAUCUCCUACAGGAUCUACAACAUCAAACCGUAAAUUGGAGUGGGAUAGCUUAGGAGAUAUUGGUUAUAUUCAAAGAUCCGCUUCACUGCCUAUUUUAACUGGUUUGGAAACCAAAGAACAAAAAGGUAAUAAUAUAAAAAUUGUAAUACUGCCUUAUACUAGUAGUUCAGAAGUUAGUAGUGAAAGAAAUACUUUACAAUCAUCUUUAUCUAGUCAUCUAGAAGAAAAAUGUAUACCAACAACUUCCUCUUCAAUCAGUAAAGAACAACAAAGAUCAUCAACUGACUUAGAAUCUCCUCAAUCUGAUAAGAAAAUUACAGAAUUCCAACAAAGUCUAGAUUCAAUUAAAAAAAAAAUUGGACUUCCCGGGGCACAUUCUACUCCUUAUGAUUCCCAAAGCUGGAGUAAUAAAAAAAUUACUAAAAAACCAAAGGAUUUUGAAAAUUCUAUUGAACAAUUUAAACAAAGUGAUUCAGAUAAAGCAUCUAUAAAUAAAGAGAAAGUAGAUGCAGAUGGAAGUAGAGAAAUUGAUAAACCAUCAAAAAAAGUUGUAAAUUUAUGCCUUACGAAACCUCUACUGUUGGAUUGUUUAUCACAUAUAAACACAAAAAAGCUAACGAUUGGCAUCCAAACGGAUGAUUCACUUCAAGUACCAAAACAACCUCAUCAACUCGUUACGUAUUACAAACACUAUGAUACUUUGAAAGUUUCAAGCGAUUCUGCAAAAUCCACUAGUUCCAACGCUGUUGCUUCAAAAUGUGAUAGCUUUGAAUAUAUCAAAAAUGAUAGCAAUGAUGUUAAAUUGGGUAAUAAUGAUGCUCCUGUGGAAAAUCUUGAAUUGACAAAGAGUAAUAAAAUUAAUGAUCCAGUAAAAUCAGAAAGUUCUCCACAGUCUGAAAAUGAUCUAAAAACUAAUGAUAUAGAAAGGGGUGUAUAUGUAUUACAAAGAUUAAUAAAAUCUAAAAGAUAUGAUUCAACCACGAAGAAAAGGUAUAUCAAAAAAGUUCUACAAAAAAUAACAGAAUCCAAAUAUUUAGGUGAUUCAAGCACAAGUUCAGAUCUCUUCUAUCCGAAGGUUCCACAGGAUCAUAGAAAGAAAUCAUCAACUUCACAUCAAUCUCAAGAAGAAAGAAAAUCUCCAAAGAAAAUUAAAUCUGUUAGUACAGAUUCGGACUUACCAUAUAGAAUGGAAAACAAGGCAAGUCCUUCAAAGAAAAUUGCUUCCUCAUCAGUUAAAGAGCCAAGUAAAAAAGAACAAGCAGCCAAAGAAACGAAAAAAACUCUGUUUACUGUUACAAAUUGUCAAGAAAUCAGCUCUGAUCAAUCCUCAUGUUCUCCGCAAUCUUACCAAAAUUGGAAGAAAUUAAAAACCUUAUCUGAAAAAGUAUUUGAAAGUAACGGACAAACUAUUGGUGGUGGAGAUCAAAUUUCACAGUUUGUCAAUAAAGAGAGAGACUACCAGUUGAAUUGGAUCAACAAAGAAAUAGAUCAUUUAGGAAAAUUGAAACAUAUGUUAGAAAAGAGAAAAAAACCUUGCCACCCUCCAGAAUGUAUGAAAAAAACGUCUGUUUACAUGGUAGCUGCUGGUAACAACGAAAUCGAACGGAACUAUAUCAUAGAAACAAAAUUGGGCAUGCCAAGUUCUGUAAGAAGAAAUUUCAUAUUAAACGGUGAAAGUUAUACCGUAAAAAAUCCUCGCGAAAGCGAUAAAGAAACUGAUCAAAAUGUUGUAACCGACAUACAAGUACUUUCUACAGAUAAAACAACAAACAUCAAAGUUACUACGUUUUGUAAGAUUUGUAAACGAGCUCCAUGUGUAUGUGUAACGAAUUUUCUACAAGGGAUAAGCAACCCUUUCGAAAUCAACCAUAAAGUUGUUAAAGAACAUCUGGAUAUUAAUUCUAAAUCUUGUACUUGCUUAUCUAAUAGUACCAGCAGUUCAAAUACUACCCCCAGUGGUAAAGAAUCAUCGAAAACUAUUUGUAUAGUUUGUCAUAGAUACCCUUGUACGUGUUGUUCUUGUAAACAAACUCACAGUGUUAAGACUUGUUCCGUUUGUCAGUUAUAUUCGUGUAUGUGUGUUAUUAGCCCCAAGGAAUCUGCAACUUUGGAACCGUACGUAGGGACCUUCAUUCCUACAACUCGAAUGGAACAAAAUACAGAUAAACCAGAGGAAAUAUUGUGUUGUAAUUGUGAAAUUUCACCAUGUAAUUGUGGAUCAUCCACUACUUCUACUACGAAUUCGUUAACCAAAGUUUUUAUCGACUGUAAAUGUGGCCCUUCGAGCGAAUGUCAAUGUCCGUUUGUGGAUAAACUCUUGCAGCAUUUCAAUAACGAAAACUUCAAAAGUGAAAAAUCCAAUAUAGGAACUUGUACACUGAGAAAAAAAUCAACAACUGGUACAUAUAACAAACAAUCUACUUCUACAUAUACACCAAGGAAUUUUAAGAACUUACUAAAAGAAGACCAAUGCGUUUGUACAAAAGAAGAAAAGGCCGUAGAUCCCACAAAUAUAUAUUCAACAGAAGAUAAAAGUAUAGGAAAAACUGUUAAAGAAAGUGUAACCCAAAAUGGUGUAAAAUUUAAAACAGCAGAUAAAGCAGUUUCAUCUAGAAAGACCACAAGUGAAAAAGGUGUCGAAUGUAAUUGUGAAACAACGGUUUGUGAUAAAGGUAUUGGUACUAAUAAUAAAAAACCUUGCGUGGACCGUUCAACUUCGCCAAGAACUUGUUUAGUAGAUAAAGGAACCGCUUGUGAUCCCAAAGGAUCACAAGUAGAUCAAUGUACUUCUCCCAAAUGUACCCAAAUGGAUAAAGGAACCACAAGUUAUCCGAAAGGAUCACAAGCAGAUCAAUGUACUGCUCCCAAAUGUUCCCAAAUGGAAAAAGGAACCACAAGUGAUCCCAAAGGGUUGAAAGUAGAUCAGUGUACUUCUCCCAAAUGUUCCCAAAUUGAUAAAGGAACCACAAGUGAUCCCAAAGGGUUAAAAGUAGAUCAGUGUACUUCCCCCAAAUGUUCCCUAAUUGAUAAAGGAACCACAAGUAAUAUCAGAGGGGUUUCAGUGGAUCAAUGUACUUCUUGUACUCCUAUUCUAAUCGAUAGAGGAUCGGGAUAUUCACCGAGAAUAUUAUUGGAUAAAUAUACUUCUUGUGCUCCUCAAAUUGAUAGGGGAGUAGUAUCAGAAACUAGAACCUUUGUUGAUAAAUGUGUGUCUCCAACUCGUUUUAAUGUCGAUAAAGAAACUGAAUGGAUUUCGGGGAGAAUAUCAAGAGAUCAAGGUACUACCACUGGUUGUUCUCAAAUGGAUAGAGGAACUGAAAAUUAUACGAAAAGUUUGUUAAAUCAAUGCGCUGCUACGAUGUUUGCUUCUGGAGAAAAUAGAGACGAGAUGACAAAGGAUGCAUAUAAAGAACCUAGAAUUGGUGUACGAAUCGAAAGAAUUAGACCCAAAUCCCUAAAUAAAUGUACCAACGUCAAUAAAUCAACCAUAACCUCAAAUGAAGUGUGCGUAGGCCCCGAUUACAAAUAUAUUGAAGAUUCUAAAAGAAGAAGAGAAAAUGACAGUUCUAACCUAAACAAAAAUAUUCAAAUGAGAAAAUUUGAUGUGAAAAUGUCACAUGAAGUUGAAUAUACAUCUGUGGAUGUACAAACAGAUUUAUUAUCUAAAAAUAUUUGUACGUGUUCGUCUGGUAGUAAAGAAAAAUUGAAAAAAUCAAACGAUUGUAGAUUGCGAAAGAAAAAAUCCAAAAACGAAAUCUUCUGUCUUUGUAAACCAAAAACAGAAACUAAAAAAAUCUACAAGAUCAUUUGUUUGGAUGAUAAUUCACGUAAAUGUUGCAUUUGUAGUUCGAGUUGUAGGAAACGUACAGUACGUAGUAGAUCUUCGUCUCCUUCGGAUUCAAGGGACAGACGAAAAUUUUGUUGCCAUUGUAAUUCGAUGAAAUGUGGAGCGAAACAUAAAAUUAAGCCUAAUAGUGUGGAUGUGUCAGAAACCGAUGUUUCCGCUACAACAAACUCAUCCUCCAAUUGCACAUGCUGCUGUUGCGAGACCAGCGUGCCCUUGGAGAGGAUAUCAAUGCUAAGAAGCGGCGAUCAAGAAUUUCCAAUAUGUAGAGAAUGCUUCGAUAGACGUCCCGUUUUGACAACAGUUUAUUUCACUGAUGAUGAAUCAUCUUCGAAUAAUCAGAAAUAUUCAAAGGAUUUUAUAAGGAGACACUUAAACUUCUGUACAUGUAAAAAGGAUUCUAAGGAUUUCGAAUAUUGUUCUCACUGUAAGAAUCGAUUGAGAAAAACUCAACAAAGCCGUAAUGGCAUCGCUUAUACUUUGACUUUAGAGGACGAACCUCUAGAAAAUUUCAAAACCAGGACAAAAAAGAAAUUGAAGAAACUGGAAGAGAUAAAAAUUAAAAUACCGAAUCCGUAUAGUAGAAAACAACACAAAAACAUGGAAAACAAUCAUAAGAAAGACGAAGAUAGAAUGAAAAAAAUAGAAAGCGGGGAAAAUAGUGAAGACGAAAGAUUAAACGAAGAAACAUCUUUGAAGAGCAGUGACGCUACGGAUAAUGAAAAUAAUUGUACCUUACAGGAAUAUUUGAAAAGAAAUCGUCCUGGGUUCGUAAACGCUGCGGAAUAUAGAAGAUUGGCGAUGAUGAAUAAUAGGAUCGAAAGGGAAUUGAAUAAGGAUGAUUUGAAAUUGAAAUUUUUGGAAAAAAAUGCGCAAAACAACAAAUUGAAACGUGAAAAGUUAUUUAGCGAAAAGGAAAUGAGGGAUAUCACAAGAAGGAAUUACAAAAAGUUGCCUGAAGUGCAACAGAAAUUAAUCGAUAAGAGAGUUCAAAAAUUGAGGAAUGCCGAUAAGUUUAUGGCAGAUAUGCUAAAAAAGAAAAUUCAAAAUUGUGUUCUGAAAGGCAAAAGCAGUUUUCCUAUCGAUACAAAUAUUAUAAACGUUUACAAUUGAAAUAAGUGAAGGAAUUUAACUUUUAAGUACCUUUUGUAUUGAAAUAUAAGUUAUAUAAUUGUGUAUUUUUUAUAAUUAAAACUUUCUAAAUAUAA